AUGAAGCCCUCCAUUCCCCCGCUACAGAGAUUUGCAACAGCAGUCUCAGGUGCAACCUUGCAAGCAACGACACGCAGAUUGAACGCGAAGUCAAUUUGUUCGCGGUGCUGGAGAAAACAACAAGUUCGCUUUGCCCAUCAGCCUGCUGAUGAUCCCAACUGGAUGUCGGUCGUGGACAAUCCUGCAAAGCUGGUAAGAACAGGGGGGCGGCACGGUCCCGGUUUGAUAAUUCUAGCUAUCAUACCCAUAACCGCAUUCGCACUGGGAACAUGGCAAGUCCAGCGUCUGGACUGGAAAAGCAAACUUAUCGCCAAAUUCGAAGAUCGCCUCGUAAGACCCCCUUUACCGCUUCCUCCCGUUGUCGACCCAGACGUUAUAUCAGAAUUCGACUAUCGCCGUGUAUAUGCCACCGGCCGUCUCAGACAUGACCAAGAAAUGCUCCUCGGACCUCGUAUGUAUGAGGGCAAGGAUGGAUUCCUGGUCAUCACUCCGCUAGAUCGUGGUGAAGCAGGGAGCACGGUGCUUGUGAAUCGGGGCUGGAUUUCGAGGGAUCUUCAGAACAAGAAGGACAGGAAGGCGGGGCUGCCGGAGGGUGAAGUUACUGUGGAGGGAUUACUGCGCGAACCCUGGAAGAAAAAUAUGUUUACGCCGGAUAAUAAGCCUGAAGAAGGGAAGUUUUAUUUCCCAGAUGUAGAGCAGAUGGCAGAGCUCACGGGAAGCCAGCCCAUUUGGAUUGAAGAGACAAUGAAACCUGAGCUCCUGACCAUAUACCACAGGGAAACAAAUGGCAUUCCCAUUGGACGUCCACUUGAGGUAAAUCUGAGGAACAACCACGCACAGUACAUCGCAACAUGGUAG